AUGCAGGCUCUGGUUUCUGUUGAGCCACCACAAAAGCUCCGACGCAUGGAUGCAGGUGGUCUGGGGUCGGCUACCAAGGAGGAUCCCAAGGGCAUCCCCCAGCCCUUGGAGCCACCCCAGAAAGAGCCAUCCCCGAAAGAGAGACUUCGUUCCAUCAUGAGAGACUUGGAGGAUGCAAAAAGGCGCCGAUUCUAUGAGCCCCCACCAAAGGAGACCGCAAAGCUUGGUCCCAGCAUUGACAACCAGGAGACGCAGGUGCAUCCGUGGCCUCAUGAUCGGCAACCCUCUUUUGAUGGUGUGUCUCGAGCACUGAGCUUUGAUGAUUGCCAGUCUACAGGGUCACGAGGGUCUGGGUAUUGGUAUAUACUGGAAACACCAAAGGGUUUCAAGGAGGAUGCGCCACAGGAGGCACCAACACCUCAUGAGCAGGAGGAGGAGGAGCAGCAGCAGCAGCAGAAGAGAAAGGAUGAGGUGGAGACAACAGCCCCUAAGGCUAAGCAAGAAGGAGAGAUGGUAGCUGAUGAGCCCAAGGAGGAAAAAGGUGAAGCACCAACACUUGAUGAGUGCAAGGAGGAAAUGGAGGAGCAACAGGAUGAGCCUUUGGUAACUGUGGGACGUAGCCGCAGACGAGCAAAACGAUGCAGGCGCAAACAUGCAAAGGCUGCUGGAACUGCAACUGCUGAAGAGGUUCCGGGACCUUGGGAAUCGACCUCCCGCCCCGGUGCUGAAGUUUCAGCUACAACUAUGCCCCCGAAGCCAGAAUGUAUGAAGGAGAUCAAGGCAAGCCUCUCCCCGCAAGAGCAGAGUGGCCAGGGUGAGCCAGAGCUUGAGGCUGAGUCGCAGGAGCACGAGGAGGAAGAGGCUGCUGAUCAUCAUGAUGAUGCUAAGGCUCAGAGUGAAUGUGAUGAUGAUGAAGGAUCUGAGGAGGAACCGCAAGAGGAAGAUGAUGAGGCAGAGGAACAGGAUGAUGAUAAGCCGAUGAAGCGCCCCUCUGCUCGGAAGCCUGCAGUCAAAGCUAAGGCCUCAGCCAAGGGGAAAGCGAGAGCGCAAGCCAAGCAGCCAGGGAGGCCCAAAGCUGGGCCGAAAGCCUCUGCAAAGGGAAAGGCCAAAGCCAAAGCUAAGGGGUGUGCCAAGGCUAAGGCUAAGGCUACUUGUGAUCCAAAGCAGGAAGAGAAAGCCCUGAAGUCCCGCAAAAGCUGUGCUUACCACAGAGCGAAGCGUGAAGCCGAGAAUGCCGGCAUGACCACAGAGGAGGCAAUCGACAUCGCUCGUACAGCUCUGGCAAAUCAUGCCCAAGAUCGAGAAGUGGGCCUGCCGGUCUUUGUCUUCGGGUGCAACUGGCUUGUUCUCUUGCUCACGUGGACAAGCAACAUCGACCUGGAGAUGCAGAUCGAAAUGCUGGAGCUGUUCAGUGGGCGGGGUAUUCAAGACGAGCCUCUGGCAGCAACGAUACGGGCCUACCCCAGGGACUUCGCGAAGCAAGUCUUGUCCCUUUGGGACGAGAUGCCCAGACGAUUUCAGUAUGGGCGUUGGCCAGAUGCCCAGACGAUUUCAGUAUGGGCAUACCUCUACAAGAACAAGUGCUACAUGACCAUCCUCUUCGUGCUGAAGCUGGUUAUGCUCAGGAUCAACAGAUAUUUCAAGCCCAACAAGAAAGGCGCUCUGAAAUGCAGUGAGCAAGCUAUGGCCCUCCUGAAUACCCCAGGCGAGAAAAUUCGGGAGGUGCUCCUGCAGCAUGGCGACUUCCGUCGUGUGGAGGUUCAGUUGACUAAGGAAUCCGAGCAGUUGGCCCAGAACGAUACCAAGGGUGGCUGGUACAGUGAACAGGCCAUGGCACAGGAAGGGUACACGGAGUACCAUGGCAACCAAUACCAUCAAGAAUGCAUUCGAGCGAAUCUAAGUAUCAUGAUCAAGAACUCGAUCCGCUGGGCCACGGCUCGUGGUCUUACGCGAACCAAUGAAGUUCAUGGUAUGGAAGAGUACAAGAUCCCGCUGAAAGAAGAGUUUCUGUUCCGCAGCAGUGAGAAGCAGACAGCCAAGCAGACCGGGACCUUUGAAGUCCAGGCAAAGGAUGCCAACGGCACCCUCUUCGCGAACUCGGUGACUGAGAGCAAGGCACCGCAGAACAACGGGCGCAACACCACGGAUGUGAACCAUGCCAGAACUGCCAUGGCCACUAGUGCAGGCAAUGCCAAAGAGAAGCUGGCUGGUGAGCUGGAGCCCAAGAGAAAGGAGUUGGAUGAAAAGAACAAGGAGCUCUUAAAAUUCCAGACUGAUGCAGUGCUGGAUGCUGGAACCCCACCCAAGAGGUCCACGAAGGAGAGCUUGCUGAAGUGCUAUGCUAGCUGCACACGCCUUGACCUAGCCAUCAAUGCCUUGAUGGUGCGAGCCAGGAACCUGAAGCUUGGGACUCCCAAGGCCAAGGCGUCCCCAAAGUCCGGUGGCAAGAAAGGGAAGACGCCGAAGUCGUCCUCCGCCAAGCGAAAGAGUGUUCAUGCGGAUGUGCAUCUUCAGCGCUUGGCUGGUGGUAACUUGGCAAUGCCACCCAACUUCGGGAUCUAUCUUGAUGCGGAAUCUGCAAAGGGUGCUUCCCACAUGGCUGGACUGGUUUGCAAAAUUGGUGCUGGCCAAUGGCAGCUCGACAUGCUCUACAAGAUCUCGUCUGCUGGUCAGAGCAAGACUAAUGUAAGUCGAAACCUACAUCGGCUUAUACACAGGGAAGGGGUGACACUUCCUCUGGAGAUCAGCAUGGUUCAGAUUCCAGUCCGGAAGCGGCGGCCAAGUGUGAAAAAAAAAGUUAUGGUGUACUAUCCAUGCAUCUACCCCAGCACAUGGAUGUCCUAUUUGCUGGAGAAGCAGAGCUACUUGAUCCUUGGAGGGGUGGAUCUUCAGGAACCUAGCAAAUGGCAGUCUGCUCUGAGUGACUUCUGGAUGCAAUUUGUACUUUAUGACAAGCAUCACAUCAUGAACAAGCCUGGUGCACCACCGCGAACCCACACGGUUCCCCUUUAUCUGCAUGGUGAUGAAGGUCGAGGAAAGUACAAGCUACCAAUCAUGGUUGAAGCCGUCCAGCCGCAUACUUAUACAACUCGAUUUCUCUUCAGUGUGGUUCCAGCUGAGCUUUACUGGAAAGAUGAAACACUGGACGCCCUGAACGGAUACCUAUGCACCGACCUGACAAAACUCUUCAAAGAUGGCAUUGCUGCUCUGAGGUUGCAGCUGGUGUAG